GAGAGAGAGAGAGGCUGACUGACACAGAGCGGAUUGAUAAGCAGUGGAGCGGAGUCUAGUCGAUGACCGGCAGGUAGGCAGCCCUCAGCCCCAGCAGCUCUCCGUCCUGUACCCGCUCUCGCUGCCCGGGGCACAUUAACACAUAGAGGACACGGAAUAGGAGGAGGAGGAGGAGGAGGAGGAGGAGGAGCAGGGUCAACCAUGGAGCUGUAGGGGACACGCUCAGAUGCCCGUGCGGAUUACCAGUGGAGGAGGAGUGCCGUUGAGGAGAAGAGCUCUGCAAUGAACAAGACCAAGAGGAAGCCCAAUGGAGAGAGCAGGAAGCUGGUCCAGCGGAGGAGGAACACAUGUCCCAGUCCUCAGGACAUCACCCGGGCCCUGCAGAGCCCCCGCUCGGCCCCCAGCGCCAGCGCCGCCAGCCUGGAUGAGCUCAUCCAGCGCUGCCUGAACUGCUUCGAUUCGGAGGGGAAGCUCUCCAGCCCCAGAGGGACCCAGCUGGUCCACAUGACCCUGAUGAUGCACAGUUGGGUGGUGCCGUCUCAGAUGUUCGCCCAGAAACUUCUCGCCCUUUAUAAGGACUGUCCCUCGGACAAGAGGGCGCCGAAGCGGGCACAGAUCUGCCAACUCAUCAGGCAGUGGAUCAGCCAGUUCCCGGCGGUGUUCGAGGCGGACCCCCUCCUUGAGCAGACCAUGGGGGACCUGUGGGCGCUGGUCCGCUCAGACGGAGAGCAGACGCACUCGCAGCUCAUCGACACCUCCUGCUUAGGCCCUCAUGUGAACAUAUUCCAGGCACCCUCGCCCUCUGUGAAGAAGAGGAAGGUGUCUCUGAUCUUCGACCACAUGGAGCCGCACGAGAUGGCCGAGCACCUCAGCUACCUGGAGUUCAAGAACUUCUGUAAUGUUUCAUUCCUGGACUACCGGAGCUACGUGGUGCGAGGCUCGGUGAGGGACAACCCCGCUCUGGAGCGCUCGGUCAUGAUGUGUAAUGGAGUGUCCCAGUGGGUCCAGCUGAUGAUCCUCAGCAGACACACGGCCCAGCAGAGAGCCCAGGUCUUCACUAAGUUCAUUCACGUGGCCCAGAAACUCCGAGCUCUGCAAAACUUUAACACUCUAAUGGCAGUGACUGGAGGCCUCUGUCACAGUUCCAUCUCCCGCCUCAAAGACACCUCCAACCUGCUGCCUCCUGACAUCACUAAGGCCCUGAGUGAGAUGACAGAGCUGCUCUCCUCGCGCAGCAACUACAUCAACUACCGGCGGAUUUACAACGUGUGCAAUGGCUUCAAGGUGCCCAUCCUGGGCGUCCACCUGAAGGACCUGAUCUCGCUGAACGAGGCCCUGCCGGACUACAUCAACGAGGACAAGAUCAACCUGAGCAAGCUGGAGCACCUGUACAGCAACAUCAGCGACCUGGUGGCCGUCCACAGCUGCACGCCGCCCUUCGAGGCCAACAAAGACCUUCUGCAUCUGCUCACGCUCUCUCUAGAUUUAUACUACACUGAGGAUGAGAUAUAUGAACUUUCGUACACCAAGGAGCCCAGGAACACCAAGAUCCAGCCCGUAGCUCCGGUUAAGGCACCCGUAGUGGCGGAGUGGGGUUCAGGGGUCACCCCCAGGCUCGACCCCAACACCAUCUCUAAACACGUCAAGCAGAUGGUGGAUUCCGUAAUGAAGAACUACGAGCAGAGCCAGGACGGUUACAUUGCACUGGAGGACUUUGAGAAAAUAGCAGCCAACUUCCCCUUCUCCUUCUGCACUCACGAAACUGACAGGGAGGGACAAAUCAGCCGUGAAGAAAUCACGUCUUACUUCAUGAGGGGAAUGUCUAUAUGUGCCAAGCUGGGCUUCAACUUCAAUGCACACAACUUCCAUGAAACCACGUAUAAACGGCCGACGUUUUGCGAGACGUGUGGAGGCUUUCUGUGGGGAGUCAUCAAGCAGGGCUACCACUGUAAAGACUGUGGGAUAAACUGUCACAAACACUGCAGAGAUCUGGUGGGAAUGGAGUGCUUGAAGAAGCACAAAAACACGACGGGGUCCUGCCCGUGCACCCCGGCCCCCAACUCAAGGAUCAAGGGUAACAGCUGGAGUUCAGAGGAGGAGGCCUUUGUUUUCCCCCAAAGCAACGAGACGGAAGACAGCGAGGGCGUGUCGGACUGCUCCACUCAGACCGAUCCUGGAGUGUGGACGCCGGAGAAGAAGGACAAGAGGGGAAACCACCACAACUCUCUAGUGCAUGCAUCGCCGGAGAGAAGGGCCAACACACUGCCACACAGAACCCGAGGCUGCUCCAUGCCUGUCUCCUUCCUGCAGGAGAAGAUGGAGGAGCUGCAUCUCCACAAAGACAAGAGCAGAGAGCCGGACUGAGCGCUCUGACUGCCAACAUUCCCCCCCCCCCAUCAUGGACAAAAAACGCCCAGACACCACCAACGUUUUCUGACACUCGCUGCCUCUGACUGGUGUUGGACUGAUGACAUUUACUGGCCAUUCGCAUCAGAACGCCGGCAAUUAUGUGUAUAGACUCCCUCGUGUUUCAAGUUCGAUUAUGACGUGUUAUUUUAUUUUUGUCAGUCUUGUGAGUUCGGCUGAAUGUUUAGGCUUCAAGCACCGAUUGUCCUGCUGUAAUUUAUGAACACCUCUGUUUUUUUUUUAGAACAGGUGCCUUUGUUCUCUGGUGCUAAGACUCAACCUCAAUCCAUUAGGUCAUUUAUGACCCCAGACAGGAGUUUCCCGGUCCUAUUUACACAUCACACAUCCAGGGUAGGAAAUAAACACUAACCGUUGAAAUUGUCACUUUGGCAGCUAUAUGACAACUCUGCUCAUGGAUUUGGAAAGUAAGCCAGCAAGACAUUUUUUUUUAGAAUUUCUAUUUGUUUGGCUUAGUGUCAGGUGAUUUGAAGAUAUAACAUGAGACAACUUGUCGACCAGUAGAUAUCGCUAUACUGUGUAUGAGGUAUCUACUCCUUUAUUAUCUCUGGUUACAUCAGGCCAGACAAUUUAGUAAAUCACUGAAGUCCUUUAAGGGCAAUAAGGGAUUUACAGCAUUUUAGCAUGUGAUUAUAAUAUAUGAUGAUAUAUGACUUUAUUCAUGUCACCCAUAGUGGAAUUUAAUUCAUAAACCACCCUAGCUAGCAGUGGAACAUGUUCAUUUCCUGCCCUGUCAACAGUUUGACUUUCUAACAGUUCAACAGGACUGCACUGGAACGUUACGGCUUGUUUUAAGCUAAAUGCUCGUUUGUUUCAUCUUUUGUCUACAAUGUCGAUCUUGUUGAAAAUAAGAAAGAUACACCAGCAAUGAUAAAUCCUGCAGUUUGUGUUGUUUGAGUUCACUUGCAGAGCAAAAAAAAAAACAAGACAUUAACAUCUCCAGGCGUAUACAAUUGCAUUUAUUGUAUAAAGACAAGAAAGACAGCUCGGGUAACGGGUCAUUAUCUGAUUUUCAUUUUCAGGUAGAAAAAAAAAACGAGUUCGACAACUGGAUUUAACUACAUGACUCAAUGAACAGCAAUCACAAAGGGAUUAAAAAAAAAAAAAACUGCACAUACAUCUACUCAGUGGCAAAAUAUUCAAAGACGAAUUAAACGCUUAAAUACUACAGUAUCAACACCUAUAAAAAAAAAAUCUUCCAUAAUGUUUGAAGUCUAUUGGGAGUAAAUAAAACAUGCUCACUUGGAAACUGAAAAAUAAAGAGCAAAGACAUAGGAGAGGGUGGGGAAGGUAAAAAGCAUGCAUUUUGUUCUUUGUUAAGCUUCUCAAAACAAGCAAAUUUAUUUAGGCCUUGCUGAAUUUUUUCUGCCCCGUCACGUUUUCACACUAUCGCAUCCGAGAAAUAUACAAUAACCUCUUUAAUCUGUAGGAAAUGUGGAGCCCACAUUAAAUGCAUAAUAGAUAACAUUCAUUAGAUGUUCUGAUACCUAUCAUCUACCACCUCACGGUCACUGCGUAGAGUAAGACUUCAUUCAGUAAAAAAAGAAAAGAAACUACAAACUGGUGACAGUUUGUGCGUACAUUGAUUGGUGAGGAAUGAAGGCUGCUGUGUUAACCCAGACAGAGACAGUUAUGGUUGGAGAUUUAAUGUGAGACUGUACAAAAAUUGGAUUCGCUGCAGAGGUCAGUUUAGGACACAGGUGGACGCAGGUACAGAUGCAGACCGGAGCUACUGAGAACCAGAUGAGCCUUGGCUGCCCUGUCCAGGGUAGCCGCCGUACUGGCUGUAAUACUGGUUCCACUGGUUCUGGUUCUGGUAGUACUGCUGCCACUGCUGAGCGUACUGGAGGGAGAAACAGAAAGCAAGCGCAGCGGUGAGGGCAAGUUCGCAUUUAUUUCCAUUUCUGUAAACAUUACGGAAGACUUGGAAUUCAAAUACGACAGCAUUUUACAUUAAUCAGAGUAUAUGCAGCACAUGCAUAUUAACAGGAAUAUUAGUGGAAUAUUCAUUUUUAUGAGCCAUGUUAAUAGCUCAGAAGGAAUGUGGAGUUUUCCACAAUUGGGGCAUAAAACAGAAUCUUUUAAGCAUGUAAAAGUAGUCGGUGUAAACAGGGUUAUCAAGCCAACUGGGGUUCUAGCAACGUAGCCUAGAGCUGAUCCACAGGCCCACUGACGGCUCCCCAACUCCCCCAAAUGAGUGUGAGGCCUUCACUACCUGCUGAUAUUGCUGGUUGUAGCUCUGUUGCUGCUGCUGCUGUUGAGGCUGAGGCUGCUGCUGUGGUGCCUGCUGC